GCAGCUUACAGUCAGGCGGUUGCCGCGGCGAUUUCCUUCCUCUCCCGACAAGAUGGCCGGGGGCGAGGCAGGAGUGACUCUUGGCCAGCCGCAUCUUUCGCGCCAGGAUCUCGCUACUUUGGAUGUUACCAAAUUGACGCCACUUUCACACGAAGUUAUCAGCAGACAAGCCACAAUUAAUAUAGGUACAAUUGGUCAUGUAGCUCAUGGGAAAUCUACAGUUGUAAAAGCUAUUUCUGGAGUUCACACUGUCAGAUUCAAAAAUGAACUAGAAAGAAAUAUUACAAUCAAGCUUGGAUAUGCUAAUGCUAAGAUUUAUAAACUUGAUGACCCAAGUUGUCCUCGGCCAGAAUGUUAUAGAUCCUGUGGAAGUAGUACACCUGAUGAAUUUCCGACAGACAUUCCAGGGACCAAAGGGAACUUCAAAUUAGUCAGGCAUGUUUCCUUUGUUGAUUGUCCUGGCCAUGAUAUUUUGAUGGCUACUAUGCUGAACGGUGCAGCAGUGAUGGAUGCAGCUCUUCUGUUGAUUGCUGGCAAUGAGUCUUGUCCUCAACCUCAGACUUCUGAACACCUAGCUGCUAUAGAAAUCAUGAAACUGAAGCAUAUUUUGAUUCUACAAAAUAAAAUUGAUUUGGUAAAAGAAAGCCAGGCUAAAGAACAGUACGAACAGAUCCUUGCAUUUGUACAAGGUACAGUAGCAGAAGGUGCUCCUAUUAUUCCGAUUUCUGCUCAGCUGAAAUACAAUAUUGAAGUUGUCUGUGAGUACAUAGUAAAGAAAAUUCCAGUACCCCCAAGAGAUUUUACUUCAGAACCCCGACUUAUUGUUAUUAGAUCCUUUGAUGUCAACAAACCUGGCUGUGAAGUCGAUGACCUAAAGGGGGGUGUAGCUGGUGGUAGUAUUCUAAAAGGAGUGUUAAAGGUGGGCCAGGAGAUUGAAGUCAGACCUGGUAUUGUUUCCAAAGAUAGUGAAGGAAAACUCAUGUGUAAACCAAUCUUUUCCAAAAUUGUAUCACUGUUUGCGGAACAUAAUGAUCUUCAGUAUGCUGCUCCAGGAGGUCUUAUUGGAGUUGGAACAAAGAUCGACCCUACUUUGUGCCGGGCCGACAGAAUGGUGGGGCAGGUACUUGGUGCAGUUGGAGCUUUACCUGAGAUCUUCACAGAACUGGAAAUCUCCUAUUUCCUGCUUAGACGGCUUCUAGGUGUACGCACUGAAGGAGACAAAAAAGCAGCAAAAGUGCAAAAGUUGUCUAAGAAUGAAGUGCUCAUGGUGAACAUAGGAUCCCUGUCAACUGGAGGAAGAGUUAGUGCAGUCAAGGCCGAUUUGGGCAAAAUUGUUUUGACUAAUCCUGUGUGCACAGAAGUAGGAGAAAAAAUUGCUCUUAGCCGAAGAGUUGAGAAACACUGGCGUUUAAUUGGUUGGGGUCAAAUAAGAAGAGGAGUGACAAUCAAACCAACAGUAGAUGAUGACUGAAGAAUUUCAAUCAAGUCAGAUUUUCUAUUAUCAAUUUAGCGAUAUAUUUUCAGAGCAGUGCUACAGUGAAUUUCAUCUUAGUAGCAGUUAUUCUAAUUUUUUGGUGAUGCAUAUGUAACCUCUAGUACUGAAAUGGGGUCUAUAAUAAUUGAAAAUAUUAUUGGAUUGAACCUAUCAGAAAUUAAUCAUUCCUGAAUAAUGUCUAAUUUCUACAUCACUGCUGAUUUGAAAUGAAACUGCUAUAAUUAGAUUUUGCUGUAACACAUGUACUACCAAACCUGUUUGAAAUAAAAUUUUUCUUCUUAUUUUCAUGAUUCAUCUUUGAGUAGCUCCAGGCUUGAAAGGAUUAUUACAUCAGUAUAAACUUGGAGAUAUAAAUUCUUGAGGACCAGCUUCCCUUUGCCUCAUAUUUUAUGGUGCUUUAUCUUAGCAAUUUUGCGUAAAAAGAAAUGAAUAGGUUCAAAUAAAAUUAUCUUUUAGAGCAUGAGUGCUGUUUCCAUGGACACCUUUCUCUCCUCUCUAUUUUCCUGGACUGGAACACAGGAAACUAGAGCCAGAAGUUCUCACUCUCUCCCUAUGAAACCCGGCAGUUGUUUCUGUGUUGGUUGACACCUGAAAUCCAACAGCCUUCUCCCAUUGGAAAAUACUGUUACAUGAGGUGAUUCUAGAUAAGUAACAAAGAUCUUUCCAGGCCUUAUUUUAUAAAAUUCUAAUAUUAGUAAUUUAAAAAAAUAUAUUAGUAAUCAUUGGACCUUUCAAGAGAUAAAAGAUGUUUGAAAGCAGUGAGUGUGCCCUUUGAUUUUUAACUUAUUUUCCAUGUUCAUGCACUUUUCCUGUGCUGUGCUUUUUUAUUUUCACUUAUUUUUUGUUUCAUAAGAUUUUUUUAGAGCAGUGGUUCUCAACUCUGACCGACAUUAGAAUUGCUAGAGAAACUUUAAAAAAAGAUAGAUGUCCCACAGAGAUUCUGAUUUAAUUGGCUUGGGGUGGAGCCCAGGCAUUGACGUUUUUAAAAACUCCCCAGUGUUGAGAAACAAGUUUAGAGUUGAGAAGUAGAUGUAUCAGAUUACACAGAAUCUGAGUGUUGGUAGUUUGAUAAUACUCUCAUUUGCUUUUCUUAAAUUUGCAUUUUAUGUGGGACUUGAUGCUGUAGUCAUAAUAGUUUGCU